AUGGCCUCGGUCCCCGAGUGCUGGGGCUUCUAUGACUGCUGUGGUGCGCAGCAGGCGGAGGUGCAGAACUGGAUGGAAUGGGUGAAGGUCGAGGAAGUUGGACCAAAGCGCCAGGACCCUGGCUGCCAGCUCUUGCUCUGGACCUCAGCCCCAGCUGGUGAGAGCCGUGGGGGCCGUCCUUUGAGGCGGUCUACGGUGGAGCCUGCACAGGCUGAUCGUGAGCAUGACGCCUUCGUGUUCCAAUGGAGGAGCCCAGGGUGCUGCACGCAUACGCUGCGGGCACCUGGGCAAGGGGGCACAAAGACGGUGUCAGAGAGGGACAGCAGGCUGAGCUCCCUGGUCCUUGCAGCUGGGCCUGCCCCAACCAGAGCACCUCCCAGCCUGGACCAAAUCCACUUCCUCGGCCAUCUGCAGCCUAUGAAGCAAGAGGAUGUGGUGCUAGUCCGGGAGGGCACGCUUCUCAGACCCCAUCCUCCCACCCUUCCUCACCUGCCUCCGCCCGCACCCCAGCAGCCCCCUGCCUCCAUCUUGUGCCCCCACUGCCCCCUAAAACCAUCACUGCUCACGGGGGCCCUCCUGCCAGCUGUGAGCAACACCCCACACCCCACCCCCAGCCCUGGGCCCGGCCGGCUGCACAGAUCUUCCCUGCUGCUAGUCUCUCAUGUCAAAGCCCUGGCCAUGCGGGAUGGCCGUGUCUCCUACGGGGAGCCAGGGGCCACGUGGGGCCCCACCAGAGUCCAAGGCAGGGGGAGUGUGGCAGGUGUGGCCUUUCCCACGCCCACUGUGCCUCUGGACAGUGGGCAGGAGGCCAGCCAUGCCAGGCGCCGGAUCCUGGGGCCUCUUGGGGAUGGCCUGCUCCUCCUCGUGCCCACAGCAUCGUCCCCAAGGAGCUUGGGCCGCUGGGAUGGAGACCUCGGGGCCCUGUUCACGUCCAAACACCGGCUCUGGUGCCUCCAGUCAGGGCUCCUGGGGCCUUCCCCACCUACGGAGACACCUCCCUCCAGCCCCCGGGGCUUGCGCAGCCUGGACAGCACAUGUGGUUGCUGGGGUAUACCUCUCACCUGCCUAGAGCCCAGCAAUACAGCCCAAUUCUUCCAACACUUUCCUGGCCUCUAUGCAGAAGGGUUCCCCACUCUGCCCAUGGCACCAGUGCCUGUGGCCUUCGCCUGGACAAUAGGCCAGGAGGCGGCCAUCUGCAAGGGCCAUCUCCCCACCAGCAGCUCUUCUAAGCCUGGAGAGGCCGGCCUGGGGGAGACCCCAGGACAGGGCCUGACUCGUGAGGGUCUAUCUGAGCCCCCUGAAGGGGCAGGCUCUCGUGCUGGCUCCCAUGGGCUCCGUGGUAUGCUGGGUCCCCCAGGAGAGGCCGGCCUGGCGGCCUGGCCCGGCUGUCCUCGUGGGAGCGACUCUUCCGGGUUUGACGCCCUGGCGGGUUUUGAGGACCCGGCUCCAGGCUCAGGGCUUGACCAGAGCCCCCCCUCCUCGGAGGACUCCCUGCCCAGGAACGUGGCUAGCGAGAGAUCCCGCAGGAAGCGGAUUGCCACGAGCUGCGAGCGGCUUCGGGCCCUGCUGCCCCAGUUCAGUGACCGGCGGGAGGACAUGGCCUCAGUGCUGGAGAUGGCCGUGCAGUUCCUCCAGCUCGCCCACACCCUGGUGCCCGGUUGGGAGCAGCUCACUGUUCCCACGCCCACCAAGGAGUCGUGGCACGCGUGGCAGGAGGAAGUUCUGCACCUGACCCUGGCCAGUCAGGUUCCAGACAGCAAACGGAACAGGCGGGGCCGAGCUGUGAAGCGGGAGCCCCGACGUGCACCGAGGAACGUGGAGAAGACAGAGGCGACGGCUGCGCUGCCUGAGAGGCCGCAGGGUGCCGAUGUCCCUGCCACGCUGCCGGAGAGGCCGCCCUCCCUCCCGGAGCCUCACAGCCCCGAUUCCGAACUCCUACCCUGGCCUGUGCACUCCUGGCCGCUGGCCUCUCCUGGGAUUGGCGAAGAGGACUUCCUUGGGCUGCCCCCCUUGGCGAGGGACACCGAAUCUCCUAGUGGGCCGGCGGAGGAGGCCGGGGAGGGCUCGGCCCUCGUGGCUGAUGCCAGGUCUCUUCCAGGGUCAGGCCUGGAGGACGGGCAGGCUUUUCUGAUGACUGCCAGUGCUGGCUGGUGGCAGGGCUCUGAGCACCUGAAACGUCACGGGGGUGUGACCUCCUGCUGUGGCGUCCAGGGACCCCUGCAGGGAGAUGGAGGCGCAAGCCCAGCUAGGGGCAGUCCAGUGGACCAGGCCGAGCUGGGCAUCCUGGGGGAUCCCGAGCCUGGCUCCCCAGAGCUCCCGGACGGCUCCCUGGAGCUGUGGAGCUCGGACCUGGGCAGCUGGGAGUCUGAGCUGAGGGAUGAAGCCGACGCCAUCUUCCCCGACUUCUUCACCUAG